CAACAUCAGCCAUUGUCGCCCGAGCUGCUCUCGACCACAAACCUCGACGCUUGACGCCAAUCGCGCACACCCGUUGCAUCCGUCGAGCCGGACAUCGCCGCGGCCUUCAUGGAGCUUGCCCGGCUGCUGGCCCGAUCGCGAUUGCCGUAGGAAGACUGCAGCGUCUUCCACAGCUAGCGAUAGCCAGUAUGCCUAAGCAGGAGGAGGGGAGGCCAAAUGUACAACAGGACAUUCCAAAUAGACCCAGAAAUCUGACCGAGGUUUCAAGAGCCGUCCUGCGUAGUGAGCAGGCAAAGCGAUGGACCAAGAAGUACCGCACCGAGGUCGCUGCAAGCUCCAGCAGUCUGCUAUCUACAUUUGCCGCAUAUCCUCUGGACUCAGUCAAGACCCGACUACAAGCCUACAAGUUCAACUCCUUUGCCGACUGCGUUCGCCACACCUACAAGACUGAGGGCUUCCACGGCUUCUACCGUGGUGUCUGGUCUCCUCUCGCAAGCAUAACCCUCGUCCGUACCGUGUCAUUCUCCAUCUACCAACGAUCCAAGUACGCGCUCGAUAAUUGGAUUUACCAGACCACCGGAACUUCACCGCUCGUUGUUGCGAACACCCGAGAUGCAUGGCCCACGUUUUCGACCAUUGCAUGCUUUGGCCUGGCAGGCGUCAAUGCCGGCGCUGCUAUCACAGUCAUCGCAUGUCCUUUCGAACUGACGAAACUGAGCGCUCAAAUCUCCGUACUAAUGGCUGAGCGCAACGACGGCGGCGGCAAGAACGAAGCGGUACGCAAGAGCUACCAGAAUUUGGGAACCUGGAAGACGGCGCAAAAUCUGGUUAAACAUCGGGGUUGGACAGGGCUAUACUCUGGAUUCCACUUGCAUCUACUUCGAGAUUCCAUCGGCACCGGCAUCUACUUUGUAACAUACGAAAGUGUGAAACAGGUCUUGGCGAAUGCGCGCGGCACCUCACCAACACAUCCACUGGCUGUAGUUGUAGCUGGCGGACUCUGUGGACUCGUCAGCUGGGCAUGCAUUUUUCCAAUAGAUACAGCGAAGAGUAUCUACCAGCGAAACUGUCUCGUGGGAGGAAAGGACAAGGCAACGCGCCCGAAGAUCCAUUUCUUUAGUCGUCGGAUGUAUCGAGGCCUUGGUGUUUCCAUGUCUCGCUCCUGCAUAGUCAACGCGAUUUUCUUUACUGCAUUCGAGUUCACCAAGAAGCGCAUCAACGGCAUGUCUUACGACGAGGAGCUUCUUCGCGCGAAUGACUUGUGACCGAGUCGACAUUCACGUACUUUGUAUCUCUGUAUCUGCAUAGGGGCAUGGAGUAGGCGCAUAUUUUGCUUAUAUCGGAGCGGAUAUGUAAACUAUCCUGGAUCCGAGUAUGUCACAAUGAGCACAGCAAUCAUCAUGGCACGCACGUGCAGCAUCCGGUCUUGAUAUCAGUCUCUAU